AUGAGAGGCUCGUCUGAUGCCUCCACACCUCCUCUCGUCACCAUUGGUGACACCAAAAGACUUCUCGGCCCAUUCACUCAGUGAGCCGGUGCGCUAAGCCUUCCCAUCAGCGAGGCCAACUGAGGGAGGCAGGCAGAAAGGGAGAUGAUGCAUGAGAGAUAGAAACGACAGGCAACACAUUCCCUUCCCUCCCUGUGUGGCUGUGCAGUGUGUGGGCUGUCAGAUCUGACAACGGUGCCGGGCUGAGUGAGAGGUUCUGGACGUCAGCCGGGCUGGUGUCAGAAAUGAUCUUCUUGAUGGCUGACGCCAAAGCUCACACACUGAGCAGUGAGUCGGCAGACUGAGAGCACAGGCAUACUGAUGACUGCAUCCCAUCUCGCUGUGUGGCUGCUUCCUUGGUGCAGGUGGUUGACCGUGUUGGUCAGAUGGACAGUAGCCACGACGCCCCGGCUCCCUCCAGAGGUGGGCGCCAAGAAGAGGCCGACAGCAACAAACAGCAUAGCGAAGCGGUGCGCACAAGUCAGAGACCCACACAGACACACGAACCCAUUGAUGUGUGUCGCUGGUCAGGUGCCUGCUGAUGACAGCGGCGCCAAGAAGCGUAGACGCGUAGACAUCAGCCAUACUGCUGCUAUACUGCUGCUGCUGGUGGACACAGUGGAGGUACGCAAAGCGUCGGCUGCCGUUGGUGAACUGACAUAUCGUCAUGGCCCUCCUGUGCUGUGUGGUGCCUUCAGGUGGCUCGAUUGGUGCGAGUGGUGCUGCGGCAGCGACACAGCAGCAACAGGGAGGUGCCAGCUCACUGUCGGCAGGUCUGACGGCCCCCAUGCAGCACCCCCACCAGCAGCAGCAGCAGCAGCAGCCCCAGCAGCAGCAGCAGCAGCAGCACCCCGUGUGGUACGUCUGCGCCCACCGCGGCAGCGAUUUUCUGCUGCGGGAUGUGCUGCGUCUGAGGACGACCUGCAACUGGGCCAGAGGCCUCUUCGGAGCACCUCAGCUGUGGCAGCGGCUCAGCCACUCGCUCAGCACACAGACGGGGCUGCGGCGGACGGCCAACGGACAGCAGCUGCUGACAUUCGACGACCAGCAGAUGGGCGAGGGUGACCUGCUGGCGGCGCUGUGUGUGACGGAGGCGGGCGGCUGGAGUGAGAUGAGCGAGGCGGUCAAGCUGGCGGGGCAGUGCGGCAACUGCCAGCUACCUGUGAGGCUCACUGCGGGCGAUCUGCACCAAUACCCAAACAAGACGGUAAGCCAACCGAGUUAGGGAGCGAGGAUGGCUCUCACUCGGUGUGUGGUGUGUUGAUGUGUUGUGUGUGCAGGCGUAUUUGGCCGCUCUCCGUGUGUUGGCUCAGCUCAGGAUGGUCGGCCCCCACAUCCACUUCGGCAGCGGCGUGGCCUUUCAGCUGUUCUUGCGCGGCAACACACUUCGGGCCAUCAAGGACCAGAAUGGCUACGAGAUCAACAUCGACCCGCCUCUCCCUCCCAACCACCUCUACCAGCAGCACCGACAGCAGCAUGACCCGCCAGUCCGCUGCGGCAUCAACUAUUCCCCGCUGUCGCCCGGGGGCUGGCAGUCGCCGCAUAGUGGUCACUACCCGUCAGUGUCGUCGUGUGUUAAGAGCAUCGUCAUCCGCCACUUCAAGGGGACUCACCAGGCCAACACCACGAACAGCCAUUCUAUCGACAGGUGAGGCCGGGCAUCACUCUUGUGUUGGAAUGGUCACAUCACAUACAAGUGUAUGUUGUGUGUGUGUGUCAGGCAUGCUGACAACAGCUGGAUGGACACUCUACUGACACAGUCAUCCCACACACUAGUAGAGGGAUGCACCACCACAGCAUCGUACCGCUCCACGACCCGCUCCACUUACCGUCGUCUCGUCCUGACCGACGCCAGCCACUCGUUCGUCGCAUGGAUCAUCGUCUAG